AUGGAGAAACGAGAGAACAUUUUCCUAAAAAAGAGUUUUGUAGCCAUUACCGGAGCCAGUAGAGGAAUUGGUAGAUGCAUGGCCCUGCAGUUUGCGGUCAAGUUCCCUCCGAAUUCCGUCUUGGUACUGAUGGCAAGGAAUGAGGAGGCUUUGGAAAGCGUCAGGACGGAAUUGAAAGCAACGACUCCCAAUAUAAUAGUUUUAGUUCGACAGUAUGACCAAGGAAAAACAGACGACGAAGGAUAUUUUAAUGGAAUAUUUGAUAGUUUGCUUACUGAAAACAAACUUUCAAAAGAUGAUUUUGAACAGGCUAUGCUUGUUCAUAACUGUGGUACAAUCGGUGACAAAGAAAAGACCGCGCUUCAGUUGUGUGACGCCGACCGCGUGCGGUCUUACUUUGACAUAAAUCUCUCCGGCAUGAUUCUACUCAAUACAAGCUUUUUCGCAACAUUUUGUGAUCCUACACUGUCUCGAGUCGUGAUCAACAUAACGUCAGGGGCUUCCAAGGUUCCAACUCCGUCUCUCCACCUAUAUUGCUCAGGCAAAGCUGCCCGUGAAAUGUUCUUCCGAGUCCUUUCCGCUGAAGAACCAUCUAUUCGGGUUCUGAUAUACGCCCCAGGUGCUGUUGACACAGACAUGUUGCGAGAUCUAGAAGGAAAUUCGUCCUCAACUCCAUUCCGUAAAGUGUUAAAUGGCCUGCGUCAGGACGGCGAAAUACUGACACCGGAGGAAUCUGUGGCCAACCUUGAACGGGUACUAGAGGACAACGCUUUUAAAAAUGCUGAUCACGUGGACAACUAUCUUCUGACAGCCAAGCCAUAUAUUGACAAAUUUUUGAACUGA